CUUCUAAUUUUCAUUUUCUUGCCUCUUCCCUUCUCCUUCUCCUUCUCCUUUUUCCGCAAAUAACAUCUCUUUUUAAGUUUCUUCUCCUUUUAUUUUCUUUUUUCUUUCUUCUUUUACAUUCUCCUCUUUAUAUUUUCAUAAAUUACCUUUAAUCAUCUUCUUUCUUUUCACUCUUCUCUCUUUUUUGUUGAAUUUUUAUUAUUUAACAUACUAAUAGUUCUUUUUUUUUUUUUUUUUUUCAGAUUUUUAUACAUUGAUUAUGAAGUAAUGUGAGGGCGUCAUUUGAGAAUUAGAUAAAAUUAGGAGGGAUUUUCUAUGGGAUGGGACUCAAAAGAAUAGGAGUAUAGCAUGGGUUAAGUGGGAGAAAGUAUGCAGUCGCAAGCUUUUAGGGGGUCUGGGCAUUAAAAAUCUAAGCUUGUUUAAUAUUGCUUUGCUUGGCAAGUGGCGGGGGCGGUUGUUAGAUAAAGGGGAGGGCUUGUGGAAAACGGUUUUAAUAGAAAAAUAUGGGAACAAAGAGGGGAACUGGAUACAUAGUCUAAGAGUAGAAAGAAUGGCAGGAUCUAGCUGGUGGAUGCAUAUUUGUAAAGUGGAUAGGUUUGUGAGGAAUGAGGAAGGGUGGUUAAGCUCUGGUUUCUCCGUGAUUCUAGGAGAUGGUGGAAGUACAAGAUUCUGGAGUGAUAUUUGGGUGGGGCGUUGGGAAUUAUCUAACAAAUUAAAGUGGAGAAGGCAGCUAAGAGCCUGGGAAGAGGAUUUGGGGUCACAGCUGAUGGUAGUUAUUGAGGGACAGCAACCGAAAUAUGGAAAGCAAGACGAAUGGCCCUGGAAGAUGGGCAAAACAGGGCACUACACUGUAAAGACAGUGUAUGAGAUUCUUGCAAAUAGAGAGGAGGAUGUGGUGGUGAACUAUAAAAAGCUGUGGAAGUCCUCAAUACCAUCCAAUGUUAGUGUUUUUUCUUGGCAAAUGCUCCAGGACAGGUUACCUACUAAGGAUAAUCUAGUAAAGAGAGGGGCGCUAACUGUAAACCAAGAUAGUAGCUGCUGUUGGUGCGCUACUGCUGCGGAGAAGGUGGAUCACUUUCUGCUGAAUUGUGAUUUUGCCUAUAAUAUUUGGAUGCGGGUUUGUAGGUGGUGGGGGUUGACAACUGUUUUGAGUAACACCUGUUUGUCUAUGUUUCACCAACACUGGUGGAAAGGAGGAGGAAAAAUGAUAAAUAAAGCUUGGAUGGCAGUUUGGUUUGCUGCGUUGUGGACUCUGUGGCUAGGUAGAAAUGAUAAGGUUUUCCAAGAUCUUGAGGCCAAUGCAGAUAAGCUAUUCGAUUUGAUUCAAAUUAGAUCACUGCAUUGGGUAAAAGGAAAAAUAGGAUUGGAUAAUAUUGAUUUAACAGAUUGGAGAAGCAAUCUUUUAAAGAGUCUAAAACACAGGAGGCCCACAUUUUGAGAAAAAUAGUUGGAUAUGUACUGUUAUUAAGUAUAUCCAUAAUAUUUAAUGUACAUAGAUAGGAGUACUUUUUUUUUUUUUUUUUGAACAUUUUGUUAUGGAUCGGCUCAAACCGUUGCUUUGGGGAGGGGAGUAUAAACCUUAUAAGAGUAG